AUGGCAUUGUUUCAAAGAAACUCCGUCAACCGAAAAAUGGAACUCAACCGAGAACAUUUUCGCGCCAUAAUUUAUUACAACUUUCAGAGACAAAUAUCGCAACAAGAAUGCCUUGCUGAGUUACUGUCUGUUUUCGACAACGAAGCGCCACAUCAGUCGACAAUUGCCCGUUGGUAUGAAGAAUUCAAACGUGGACAGGUGAGUCUUAGGGUGGGUGCACCAAAAACGUCAGUCACCCAGGAAAACGUCGAUGCUGUGCGCAAACUCAUCAUUGAAGAUAGACAUGUGACAUAUCGCGAGAUUGAGGCAAAAUUAGUUUCUCCCAGGGUUAAUUGGUGUCAAAAAACGCUUGACCGUUUCAAUUCCGGAAACUCAAAAAAUGUGUACAGCAUUGUUAGUGCUGAUGAAUCGUGGAUUUACUGUUAUGAGCCAGAAAAUAAACGACAGUCGGCUGUUUGGGUGUUCCAACGUGAAGAAAAGCCAACAAAAGUCAUCCGUUCUCGAAGUGUUUCGAAAAAGAUGGUCUCGACAAUUAUGUCAAAAGCGGGUCAUAUUGCAACAAUUCCUCUUAUCAUCACCCAGCUUCGAAAAACCAACCCCGAAAGAAGAAUCAUCCUCCACCAAGACAAUGCAAGCUCGCACACAGCCCAAAAAACAAGGCAGUAUUUAACGGAAGCAAACGUGGAAUUAUUGGACCAUCCUCCAUAUAGUCCCGAUCUAAGUCCUAACGAUUUCUUUACUUUCCCGAAAAUUAAAAACAGACUGCAUGGUCAAAGGUUCCAGUCACCAGAAGAAGCAGUUGACGCAUUCAAAAAUGCCGUUUUGGAUCUGCCAGCAAACGAGUGGAAUAAGUACUUCGAAAAUUGGUCCGAGCGCAUGCAGAUGUGUAUUAAUCUUCACGUAUGA